UAUCAGAUUUAGCUACAAAAUCGGAGCAACGUGUAUGUGUUUGAGAGGAUAUAUAUCAAACCCACUUUCUCAUUAUAGACAUGGUUGAUAACAUAGGCAGUAAUUCAUCAGACAAAGCAGCCCGGAUCAACUACAACUUCGGCGGAGCAACCACCUCCUCCGGUGGCUCAGCUGAUCAUGAACACCACUAUGGAUCAUCAUCAUCGUCACUACUCAUCAAGGAACAAGACAGGUUACUUCCAAUCGCCAACGUUGGACGGAUCAUGAAGCAGAUUCUGCCCCCAAAUGCUAAAAUAUCAAAGGAAGCUAAAGAGACCAUGCAAGAAUGUGUGUCUGAGUUCAUAAGCUUUGUCACCGGAGAGGCAUCUGAUAAGUGUCAGAAGGAGAAGCGAAAGACUGUCAACGGCGACGACGUUUGUUGGGCGCUGGCGACGCUUGGAUUCGACGAUUAUGCUGAGCCAUUGAAGAGGUAUUUGAACAAGUAUAGGGAGUUUGAAGGGGAGAGAUCAAAUCAAAACAAGGAGAUGGGGAUGAACAAUAACUAUGAAGAAGAGACGGAUGAGUAACCAAUACUCAAUGAUAGAACUAAUAGCUCUCUUUCGCGGCGGAUUUGAGUCUAAUUACAUAGCAUGGUAAAGUUCCUAGUUUUUCUAAUUAAGGUGGUGUGUGUGUUCUUGAUGCUUGCUAGCUACUGAUGUUAUAAAGUACAAAGAGAACCAUAUACAUGGUUUAAUUUUGGGGGAAGAACUAGACUCCUAAUCUUGUUAUAGAUUGUGUUGGUAUAAAAACCCUAGAGUUUGUCUUAUGAUUGAGUGUUGUUAGUUUAACAAGAUUGAGAAAUUUCACUUGGAGUUAGUAUUUUCACUUCAAUUUAACGAGAUUUGUUGAAAGGAGAUUCAUUUAUAGGAUAAGAGGGUAAUUUUUUAAUGAUUUGAGUUCAAUUCAAUUAUCAAUUUAUGUAUCAAUUUUUAGGGUUUUGUUUUGAUAGUUUUGAACUAAGUUGACAAAAAAUUUGGUGUC